AUUCACCAAAGAUGUCCCGUCGAACUACCGUCCCUCAACUGCCCCGCCAGCCCGUCUCGCUACGGAGCUGCAUCAUCUACGGCUGCGGAGCAGGCCUGCUCGGUGUCGCCGCGAUGACGGCUGGAGAAAAAAUCGAGCAAUACUUCACCGGCAGGCCCAAUUCCUAUGUCCCAGGCCAUACUUUGGAGCGGCUUCUGUCGCUCCCCACUAGGCCGGAUUCUGAGCGCUUUGGCCUGAACAUGGCCAUGCACUACGGUCAGGGAGCAGCUGCGGCAAUCAUCAGAGCCCUUAUGAGCGCCAACGGAAUUCGUGGGCCGUUUGCGGAUUUCAUGUUUAUCUCGAUACGACUGCUAAUCGACCAGACUUUGGAAAAUGUGACCGGGGUCGGAGCGCUGCCAUGGACAUGGCCUGUCGACGAGCAAAUCAUUGAUAUUCUUCACAAGGGAAUCUUCGCGUACGUGACUGGAUAUUUUACGGAUAGGUGGCUCCAGGGGCAGGUUACUAUAGGUUAGCCUAGAGCAUGACGAGAUUCGCCUGCUUUUAGGUUUAAUCGGAAUAUGAUUGCACGGCAUUGAGUAGGGCUAUUGUAUAGUUAUUACUUGAAACUUUUUUGAUGUAACCUGUUGUUCACCUUCGAG